AAAUACUGUACAUGUCAAAAUGUCACAUAGAUCUCGACAGAAGAAAGAAUAAAUAAUCAUACUAGAAUUUUUUAUCAGACAAAAAACAUGUAAGAAGUUGAUAAGUAAUAAAAAAUACGCUUCAAUAUAAUUUGGAACAAUUAACUAGUUAUGAUUAUAAUGGCAUUAACCAAAAGGGAAAAAGAGCGGCAACCAAAAACAUAACCUCAUUGAAGUUUGAACUAAUCCCAACCACCUGUGACAAAAUACAAUUAGUAAAAAAAAAUUCAUUUUAUUUUAGUUUGUUGUUGAGACUACUAUUUCAUCUUUCACAGUUUCUUAAAUGUUCUUGUCAUUUUGUGCUUCCAGUUUCUUUGUAAUAGUAGGCUACCGUUUUUAAUUCUUUGUGUUGCCAGACAGUCAAUAAAGUAUUUUAGCUUUCUAUGAGUUAAUAAAAACAUUUUAAUAUCUGUAAAUAGAAUAAGUUGGCUAUCCAUAAAUAAAAGCUGUAAAUAAGUAAAAAAGCUGUAUAAGUUUUCUUUGUGAUUAUUUAAGUGGAAAUGAGUAAGCAAAAAAGUAUAAUGAACUUUUUCCAAACUUCCUCAGUAGUUGGAAAGAGACCUCUUUCAGAUUCAAGUAAUAUGUCAUCUAAAAAAGUUAAGAACAGUGAUAUAACCAUUGAAAAAGACACUAUUACUAAUUCUGAAGAUGAUCUUAGUUCACAGAAUGAAUCUAACAACCUUAAUAAAAUGAGAGCGCAAAUAAAAUUGCUUUCAAAAAAGCUGACAAUUGUUGAUUCUGAUAUGGGACUCUCUUGGUAUCAAGCUCUACAAAAGGAAUUCAGUAAACCCUAUUUUGAAAAGUUGAAUGCUUUUGUUUCACAAGAGUAUAAUAACUGCACAGUUUAUCCACCGAGGGAAAAGAUUUGGACCUGGACGAAGACGUGUAGCGUCAGUCAAGUCAAAGUUGUUAUACUCGGACAGGAUCCUUACCAUAAUCCAGGACAGGCCCAUGGGCUUUGCUUUAGUGUGCCGCCUGGAGUGAGAAAGCCACCCAGCUUGGUGAAUAUGUUCAAAGAAAUAAAGAAUGAUAUAAAGCCAGAACAUGAUGAGUUCGACAACGGUAAUCUGGAAGGUUGGGCUGCACAAGGAGUGCUGCUUCUGAAUGCUGUUCUUACGGUCAGAGAAAACAAGCCGAACUCUCAUCAAGACAAGGGUUGGGAGCAGCUGACCACCGCUGUCAUCAAACACCUCAACGACAACUCGACAGGCGUUGUCUUCCUACUCUGGGGAGCAUAUGCUCAGAAAAAAGCUAGUUUUGUAGAUGCGAAGAAGCAUCAUGUGCUGAAAGCUGCACAUCCUUCACCACUGUCGGCACACAAGGGAUUCUUCGGUUGCCAGCACUUUUCUAAGUGUAACGAAUUUCUCAAGCAGCAGGGAAAAUCUGAAAUCAACUGGCAUAUUCUUACAUCCGUUGAAAAUGAAUAAAUCAACUUGACUGGAUUUUCCUCUAAGUCAUUUUCGUGAUGCUCUUGUUAUUUCAAACACUGCGAUUUUGAAACGAUAUGUUCUAUUAUUUGACACUAUAUACAAUUAUUGCGAAGAACCUACUCUUGAAAGAAAAAUUUAUAUAAGAAACGAAUACUUGUGAAUGAGAACCAGAGUAGAAAUUUCAAAUUUAUGAUUCCAUUUGUCAAAAAUAUAGAUUUCCCUAUUAUUAUUUUUAGGUAACUAGGUAUCAGUUUUCUUUUCUGUAAAUUUUCCAACAUGAAUGUGAUUCUCUGUAAUGUUUAUAAGUUGAAUUAAAAAAAUAUAUAUACAGUAG